AUGAAGUCUACCAUAAUUGUCGCCACAGUCUAUCUUUUGUUCGUAGUCGUUUGUGCUGUUGCCAAAAAAUCAAGUGACUACCUUCCAGUCAAAGAUUUAUUACCUUUACCACUCGUAAUUUUACAAGACGAAAAACAUAGUAAUAAAUACAAGUUGGAAAGUUUAUGGCAUGGAAAUGCAUAUGAUGAUGAUGAAAAAGUUAAAGCCGAAGUUAAAUGUGGUCGUGGUGUAGUGGUCAAAAAUUCUCCUCAGGUCAAAAAAUUCGGAGAACGCAAAGCCGUCUUUGAAUUAAUCGUUCCCCAAAACCAGACCAUG